ACUUGUUUAUUGUAUUUGUGGAUGAAUUAUGCCAGAGAUUGCAGUUGAUUCCACUCAAAUCUGCUACCUCAACAAUACCACCAUUGUGUACCAAAUGCACCACAACAAACGUACUCUCUCUUUCUCCCUUCCAGACGCGUGUGGCGUCAACCUACUGCAAUCCCACUCUCCUCACAAGUAGCACAAGAAUACAUGUCCUGCACUCCACAAUUUGCAAUGUCAUCAACACAAGGAACAUCAACAUCAUUCCCUGGAGUCUCACCAUACUUCCAGUUCCGAUGGCUUCUUGGUAGAGUAGGAACCUCCCAAAAGAAGUGUCGUCUCCGCCAUCAUUUCCCUGUACAAGCAUCCACUUCGUCUUCCCCCAUCUUCCCCUUCGAUAGAACCUUCACAAUCUCUCGUUGUCUCUUCGCUUCUCUUUGUUUAGAUUGGAGCUCCUCCCUCUCACGCAAAUAUGGAGAGGGUUAUCGUCACAGAGGGCCUUCGUCCACUCCUUUCUAAUCUCCAAGCCCGGCCCUUCCACCCCGUCCACGCUAUCAGAAGUCGCCUAUCCGCCGCCGUCUGUCUCCCUUCCCUUGGCCUCGGAGCUCGACCCCCGACCUCCUCCUUCUACGGCUUCAGCUCCGAGAAUAAGAAGCCAUCGUUUCCGGGUUGGGGGACCGCCGAUGAGCACGAAAGGCGGCUCCUUCACGCACGGCUCUGCAGAAAACAGAGGAAAGCUCCGUUUUUUAGCGCUGGCGCGGCGAUCUCGGCUGGCGGAGACGGCGUUAUCGACGAUAAAGAGAAGCCCAAGUUCUUAGGCGUCGAGUUAGUGACGCUUAAGAAGAUAAUUCCCCUCGGGAUGAUGUUCUUCUUCAUUAUCUUCAACUACACGUUCCUGCGCGACACCAAGGACGUCCUGGUGGUGACGGCCAACGGGAGCGGCGCGGAGAUCAUACCCUUCCUGAAGACGUGGGUGAACCUGCCCAGGGCGGUGGGCUUCAUGCUUCUGUACACCAAGCUCGCCAACGUGCUGUCAAAGGAGGCUCUUUUCUACACGGUUAUCGUCCCUUUCAUUGCCUUCAGGUUCGUCUUGUAUCCCCUCAUCAGCGUCAUCCACCCCACAGCGCUCGCGGAUAAGCUUCCGGCGGCGCUCGGUCCGAGCUUCCUCGGCCCCGUUGCUAUCUUGAGGAGUUGGAGCUUCUGCCUUUUCUAUGCGAUGGCAGAGCUCUGGGGUAGAGUUGUCAUUUGGGUUCUCUUCUGGGAGUUUGCCAAUCAGUUUUACCCUUCCAUCUUUUGAGCGUGGGUACUUCAACAGGAUGGCAUCUGCUUGAUGUGUUUGUCUUCUUGCACUAAACCAUCUCACGUGAUGUGAUUCCUCAUAGUUGUCUGCGAAUUGCGCCAACCCAGAAUGGAGUAAGAAGGGUAGCAUGAGAUGAAACAGAUGGGUAGAAUUGAAAUAUGCAGUGCAGUACAGUAAAUUAGCUUUCUGUUCCUUAAGAUAAAAUGGGGCAUUUGGGUAAAAGUGUUAGUAGAAAUUGAGAGGAAAGAUAUUAGAAUAUUACUUCUACGAGUGGGUGUUCUUAUUUAAUCUUUUGGUUAUGGACAGAAUAGUAUAUUUUUACUUAAUCUUUGGGUGUUCCAUUUUCUUUGAUUCACUAAAAAAAGCAAUAAUUGUACCCACAGAUAAAAAAUAGUAUAUGGGCUAACUUAAUAGGCAUGUGGUUGACUGCAAAUAUAUAGGAA